ACAGGUUUUGCUAUGUGUGCGGUUGUGUAACAAUGACAGACCGACAGUGCACCAUUACUCCCCUAGUGAAAAACUUAUAUCAUGCAUACUUUGGAAUGAAACUUGGAGACCAAGAUAAAGCUUUUGCCCCUCACAUGUGCUGCAAAACAUGUGCUGAAAAUCUGCGGCGCUGGAGCAACAAGAAGAUUCAACGUCUACCAUUUGGCAUUCCUAUGGUAUGGAGGGAAGGCAGAGAUCAUACCACGGACUGUUACUUCUGCAUGACAAACCUUCAGGGUAUAAACAGGAAGAACAAACAUCAUGUUAAGUAUCCAGAUGUACCCUCAGCCAUCAAACCAGUUCCUCACGGACCGGGAAUACCAAUUCCAACUCCACCAGAAAACUAUAGGGACAUGAUACUCGAUGACGAUCAUGAUAUCGAUGAAGACAUAGAAGAGAUUGACGCUUCUAGUACAUACUCGCCCACAGCUUCUGCAAAAGAGCCCAUACCCUUCAGUCAAGCUGAGUUGAAUGAUUUAACAAGAGAGUUGUGCUUGUCUUAG